AUGACGACGCGGGUGGAGCUACGUAAAGUGCAGGUGCUGGGUCCCACUUCCAGCAAGUUCGACGACCCGAUUCGCAUGCACCUCGUGCUUGAAGUGUUUGAAAAGCCGCCCAAAGACGCAAUCGACGUAACCUUCACCUGGUCACCAGUGUGGGACUUCCCUGUUGACCAGGAGCUAGACGAGAUGGAGGUGGGGCCUCUCACAACGCUCGGGAGGCACGAGUUCACUAUCGAAAGCGAUCCACCGAACGUGGCCGACAUCCCAGAUCCCACCGGUCCAACUGCCUUGAUCGUGUCCCUCAAGUAUAAGGGUCAAGAGUUUCUUCACAUUGGGUACAACGUCAUAGUGACCUGCGACGGUGACCUGCCCGAUGUCUUCACCUCAACCGAGCAGCUCACCCGCCACAUUGGAAUGUGCUACCCCAAAGUACGCCACAUUGCAUGGGACGAAGCGACCUCUGCUGCACCAUCGUUCUCUGAUUCCAGCUCGGAGAGCGCCUCGGAAAGCGGGGAAGGUCCUACGAAGCGCGCUAAAAGAGAGCGUGCAGUGCAGUCCUAG